UGCAGCAGUGUGGCAGAUGAAAGUGAGAGCGAACCGCUGCAGAAUGUGGAUGGGGAGAUGCUGCUGUUCCGUUCAUCCACCCCAAUAGGAGUGCGCUCCCUCCAUCCCGAAACGCCGCAGAUCUUCCAAUUAUGGCAAAUUUUCCUGAACAAUGUAAACCCUAUUGUGAAGCUUCUCCACGCCCCAUCUACCCAGCAGCUGAUUCUAGAAGCCGCGUCCGACCUGAAUCACAUCUCCCGGCCCAUGGAAGUGCUGCUCUUCAGCAUGUACCUAUGUGCGGUGGCUUCGACGAACGAUGAGACCAGCCGUCGCAUGCUGGGGGGAUCCCGGUCCGACUUGAUGACUAGAUUCUCGCGCGCAGCCGAGCAGGCACUGAUCAAUGCCAAUUUCCUCCGAUCCACCAACAUUUUGAUCCUCCAGGCAUUGUCACUCUACCUGCUGGCGACCCGCCAGCGGUACGAUGCGCAGACUAGGUGGCUGCUAACCGGAAUUGCGAGUCGCAUAUCCCGAACCAUGGGCCUCCACCGCGAACGCAGCCUCGCAUUGCUACCCGUCUUCGAGCGCGAGAUGCGGCGCCGACUCUGGUGGCAGAUUCUCAUCAUGGAUAGCCGCGCAGCACAGCUGUGUGGUGUAGCCAUGAACGCCGACUCGUAUAAUUUCUGGGACACCGAGCGUCCACGCAACGUGAGCGACAGCGACCUGUCGCCGUCGAUGCAGGAGCUGCCCCGUGAUCGGGCGGGAGCCACGGAGAUGCUAUUCUGCGAGAUCCGAUUUGAGAUCGGCGAUUGCAUGCGUAAGUUGGCAGCCAUGGACCAUCAACCGGCGGUGGGUACCAUGGCCGAGAGGAUGAUUGCCGAAGAGCGCGCAAUCGAUACACUCGAGGUCCAAGUGGAAGACACUUACCUGAAGGACUGCGACCCGUCGAUCCCCUUCCACCAAUUGGCUUUGUAUCUGGCACGGUCCUCAGUCUGCCAGAUGCGUCUGGCAACCCGACAUCCCCGUCGAUGUGCCGACCUCUCGCCGGACGACAGGGACCAGCUGUUCUCUCUUGGUCUUCAGGUACUAACAUACGACAACCUGACUUAUGCGAGCCACGAUCUCCAGCCGUAUCUCUGGCAUGUCGGGAUGAGCUUCCCCUUUGAGGCGUUUAUUCUCGUGGUGACCGAGUUGUCAUCCCGGCGGGAAGGGGUGCGAGUAGACCAGGCAUGGACUAAGGUCGAUCAGGCGUACCACGACCACGCUGACCUGAUCACGGCAUCGAAGACGAACACGCUCUUUUUUGCGUUGGGAACACUCACGCUGCGGGCAUGGGAUGUGCGAAUGGCUUGGAUGCGACGAGGCCCGAUUCUCUCCCAGCCAGUUGAGCCCCAGUCGGUUGCGCGGCUUCGUGCCCUCCGAGGGGAGUCUCGGGUUCCGUCGCCUACCCCGGUUCCGGUGGGUGGCCCGCCCAUGCUUCCCUCAGCACCGGGGAACUGGAUCCCUGGGGAGUUAGAAAGUUCUAUGAUUGGAGUGGAGAACCUAGAUGCAUCGGCGAUGGACAUUUCACAGAUUGAUUGGGAGUGCUGGCAGAAUUUGAUACACGAGCACGUGGACCUUUUUUGA